AGAAAGUGGCACGCAAUGCUGUACUUAUCUUCAGACGAGUUGAGUUCUGAGCAUUCAGUAGACGGACGAGCGCUUGCCGUUAGACACGAUGUCUCUCAGGAGAGUGUUAUGAUGAUGCGUUCAUGUCGAUAUUCGCCAGUCGAUUAAGCGAAUGAUGGGAGUAGAUACACUUAGCAUCUUGUAAUUCACGCGGCCAACCGUUUGGUUGUGAGCCAAGGCCGGCUCCUUUUUGGAGCUGACUGUACAUACAGAGUUCCAGGUUUUCUUUGUCCACUGGUUUGCGAUUCGUUUAUUGCCGAGUUGAUAAGAUAAAUCGGAGUACGGGGGAGUGUGCUUGUCUCCACUUUAUUUUUCGAAAAAUCAGGAAGUUGUCUCACUCAAAUCACCACCGGAAUCAAAAAACAAUCUGAACCAGGAAUCGGCCACUGAGAAUAUUGAACCCCUGUCUCCCACCACGACCCUAUAGUUCAUUCGCAAAAUGGUGAAAAGGAAAAGAGAGGCUGCCGCUGGGGCCGAUCACGCAGAGACGACCAAUUCGACAAAGAAGGUGAAGGCACCGACCAAGAAGACACCGCAUUCCUCCAAUGCCUUCCAGUACAGCGGCAGUGGUUCCCUGACGAUUCAAAUCGUCGCCGGUUCCUACGACCGCGUCCUCCACGGUAUUACGGCAACCGUCAAACUGUCCCCCCUCCAACCUAGUGCGAAGACCAAAGGGGCCAAAGACAACGCCGGGGCCCCACCAAAGGCCGAGUUCGCCGACACGUUCCUCUUCAAUGCGCACAACUCAGCCAUUCGCUGCCUCGCCCUCUCACCGCCGUCGGCCCCGGCACCAGGCCAGUCCCAAAAGGUGCUGCUUGCGACGGGCAGCACAGACGAGCGCAUCAACAUUUACAACCUGUCGGCGCACCCGCCGUCGACGCGCGUAGCCGACGAGCAGAAACUGCUCUCGUCGGUCGCGCCGCGGCCCAUCCUCGAGAACCCCAAGAACCGCGAGCUCGGCACGCUGCUCCACCACUCGUCCAACAUCACGCGCCUCGUCUUCCCCAACCGGUCCAAGCUGCUCUCGGCCGCCGAGGACUCCACCAUCGCCGUCACGCGCGCUCGCGACUGGACGCUGCUGCACACGUUCAAGUGCCCGAUCCCGAAGGUGCAGGGCCGGCCGAGCGGCGACACGGCGGCGAAGGGGACCGCGCCGAGCGGCGUCAAUGACUUUGCCGUGCACCCCAGCAACAAGAUCAUGAUCAGCGUCAGCAAGGGGGAGCGCUGCAUGCGGCUGUGGAACCUGACGACGGGCAAGAAGAGCCGGGUGCUGAACUUCGACAAGGCGGUGCUGGCCGAGAUCGGCGAGGGGAGGCACUCCACGGGCGAAGCCAGGCGGAUCUUGUGGGGGAGUUCGAGGGGCGGCGAGGACGAAUUUGCCGUGGGCUUCGAUCGGGACGUGCUGGUGUUUGGGAUGGACUGCGUGCCCAAGUGCCGGCUGAUGAGGGAUACGAGGACGAAGGUGCACGAGCUCAGCUACGUGGAGACGGACGGCGAGAAGGAGGAGACGGUGUUGGCCGUGUCGACGGAGGACGGGCGGGUGCUGUUCUUUUCGACAGCGAAGGAGGACCUGGGCGAGCCCGCCGAGGGCCUAACGCUGCCGGUCGCCAAGCUGGUUGCGCAGCUGGGCGGGAAGGAGGCCGGGAUAACUGGUAGGAUCAAGGACUUUACAGUUCUGCCGGUGGAGGCCGAGGACGGGAAACGGAUGCUGUUCAUUGUCACUGGGAGCAGCGAUGGGCAGGUUCGACUCUGGCAGCUGGAUGCCAGCGACCUGAGGGGCACGGACAAGGAGGCAAAGCAGGUCGGCCAGCUGCUGGGAACGUACGGGACUCAGAACAGGAUCACCUGCUUGGAAGCGUUCGUCAUGAUACCCCGGCCUCAGGGAGCGGAGGAGAGCGAGUACGAGUUUGAGACGGAGUCGUCGGAGGACAGCGAUGAUGAGUGAAGGCUCCCUCGGACUACGUGUACGUCCGCUACACACGCCGAUACCCUCCCUCGCUACGAGGAGUCCAGGAUGUACAUCAUCGAUGAUAGCAUUUUUGUUCACCUUGAAACCGCUGUAUUGGGGCCGCAUUUGUUAUGGACAGCCCCUGCAAAUGAGCCUACGAAUACCGAUGACAGCACAGCACCUACGCAGGGCAGGGACCUUAGGUAGCAGGCAAGACGGACUGAACGCGACAUGCCGCGCGGCGUCUCCUUGAUUAACUAAUGCGAGCGACGGCUGGUCCUGAUGAGGUAUUGCACACUUUGGGCUGCAGGAAGCACUGGCGUAGUGUAGGGUACGGAAAAGAGACCUGGAUCGGAAGAG